CUGUGCUAUUGCUCUGUGCGGUGGCGAAUCUCACAUUCUCAGCUUCCGAGUCAAAUCGCUCACUGAGUUGAGCCACCGAGUUCGGCAUCGCCACAGAUCUUCCAGCAUGUUGGACGGCUUUCUCGGUCGAGGAUUCGCCGCAAAAUGCAAAUCGUUGAUUAAAUUGACGAAGAAUCGGAUCGAGGUGAUAAGGAGGAAGAGGAAGGCGACGGAGAAGUUUCUCAAGAAAGACAUCGCUGAUCUGUUAGCGAAUGGUUUGGAUGUCAAUGCUUAUGGAAGAGCUGAAGGACUCUCUAUUGAGUUGACUUUAUCGUCUUGUUAUGAUUUUGUUGAACAAUGCUGUGAGUUUGUGUUGAGGCACCUCUCAGUGCUGCAGAAACUGAGUGGAUGUCCUGAGGAGUGCAGAGAGGCUAUUUCAUCUCUGAUGUUUGCUGCUGCAAGAUUUUCUGAUCUACCAGAGUUACGUGACCUCCGUCAAGUAUUUCAGGAGAGAUACGGAGAUUCCCUUGAAUGUUAUGUCAAUCAAGAGUUUGCUACAAAUUUGAAUUCAAAGUCUUCUACAUUGGAGAAGAAGGUUCACUUGAUGCAGGACAUUGCUUUGGAGUUCUCAAUAAAGUGGGAUUCCAAAGCUUUUGAACUGAGGAUGUCAAAAUCCUCUGCAUUUGCACAGGGCCCCAAUCCUUUUAAGUCUUAUGAGGCAACUGAUUAUGAUAAACCAUUACAAGGAAAGGAUGCUACACCAAAAGCAGUAAAGUAUGAGGUUUCAUUUGAGAGAAGUCAUGACUAUCCUAAUGAUGGGCACAAAUUGCAGAAGGGCAAGGAGGCUGUUGUUUCCAAAAAAGAUGAAAAUUAUCUUCUUUCUAAAUCUAAACGCCCAAUCCUUGAAAAUGGAGUCAAGCCACUAAGCAGUCAUGAUGAAGUCAAUGUGAAAAGGGAUAAGCAUGGUUAUUCGUUACCUGGAAGAGAAAAUCAUACUUCUAAUACGAGUGAUAGAAGCUAUUGGAAGGAGGAUAGUAAGCCAAACCCAAUUGGAUCUUCUUCCCAAGAUAAAAGAGGAGAACAAUUUGAAGGUGGUUCCAAUCUGCAUGACAGGUGGGGGAAUGCCAAACGUGUUAAAGAAAGCCAGGAUGCUGCCACUGCAAGGAAGUCGCCUGCCCAUGCAGGAUUCUGUUCAAAGAACGAUGCAAACGAUCCAUUUGGUGUUAAUCAUGGUGGGCUACCAGAUGUUGAUAACCCAGAGAGAAAAAUUCAAAGGGAUGACACUCCUAGGGUAAAGCCUUUCUACAGUAAUGCCAUUCCACCUCCUUAUGUAAAACCAAAUUCAAAACUUAAGAACAGCAUGCCUGGAAACAAUUUAGCAUCUUCACAUAGAGACAGUAAUGGCAUCCCUAAAUAUCCUAUGGCACAUGAAAAGCCUGAUGCUGCUUCUACAAUGGACAGGAUCCAAUUAGGUUUGGAUGAUUCUGAACAGGAUUUGCAGGCCAUUAGACAUGCAAGAGCGAGUAAACAGGAUCAUGAACAAAAACACUAUAUUCAGGAAGAUGCUACUGAAGUCCCUGCAUUAAAGCAAAAAUCUGUGAGGCGGAAGCAUUCAAAAUCACGAUAUACUCACAAUGAUGCCAAUAAUGAAGAUGCUGAAGUGAGAAAAUCAAGGAGCAGGAGACGAGAUGAACCAAGACGUGGCCUGCAAAUUCUGUUUGAGGAUGAGCGGCAUAAAAAUGAUGAAGAGGAAAGGAUUAUAGAUAGAUUACUGAUCCAUUAUAGCAAAAAGCCAUCCAUUCCUGUGCCUCAAAAGGAAAGAAGAAAGUCUAAAAGUCGCCGUGCACAUCAAAUAGAUAACUCAACCAGGGAAUCCCUGAAGAAUGGAAGCAGAGAUAGCCCUGAUGAGACACCAGAGAUGCUCGCUCAUCCACCACGUUCAGUUUCACUUCCUCACGAACAAUCAGGAGCAGUGAAAGUUAACAAAGUAUUUGCUCGUGCUGCUUCAUUUCAGCCAGAUAGAUCAAAUGAAGCUCCGCAUGUACAUCCCAAGUUACCUGACUAUGAUGAUUUAGCUGCUAGGAUUGCAGCCUUGAGAGGAACAUAAGUGAUGGAAGUACAGUGAAUAAAUACUGCUCCUUUACCAGCAUGAUUGCAGUGAUUAUGAUCGUCAUGGUUUAAUCUCGAAUGCCGUUGGCAUUGUUGAAGAGUGCGCGGUGGUGCUUUGAUUUCCAUUUGUUGACUAUGCCAGAGCUGUAUUAUUAAUCAGCCAGGGCCGUUCCUGUGUUGUUGACAAUUGCUAUGCUGUCAUCAAUUUUUACUAAUGGUGAUUAUACUUGUAUGCAAAGUUAAUUCAAGAUACCUUUUAUGCUUGUAGAAGUGUUCUGUAACAGCAGAAAUUGGUGGUCCUAUUUUCUGAGUUGAGUAAAAGAAGUUGAGACAUGGGAUUGUGUCAAAGUUCUUGCCCGACCUGGUAAUACUGC